UCCUUGUUUUAGGGAAAAAAGAGAAAAACAAACAUUAAAAAUUUAGAAAGAAAAACACGUUUUGUUUUCUUCAUCAAUUGUUCUUUCUUUGUUUUAUCAUUAUUAUGGGAGUUCCAGAGAGAGAUCCUCUUUCACAGUUGAGUUUACCACCUGGUUUCAGAUUCUUCCCCACUGAUGAGGAGCUUCUUGUUCAAUAUCUAUGUCGUAAAGUUGCAGGACAUCAUUUUUCUUUGCCAAUUAUUGCUGAAAUUGAUUUGUAUAAAUUUGAUCCUUGGGUUCUUCCAGGCAAGGCGAAUUUUGGUGAGAAAGAAUGGUAUUUCUUCAGUCCAAGGGACAGGAAAUAUCCAAAUGGUUCUAGACCAAACAGAGUUGCUGGUUCUGGUUAUUGGAAAGCCACAGGAACAGACAAAAUUAUCACAACUGAAGGUAGAAAAGUUGGCAUAAAAAAAGCACUUGUUUUCUACAUUGGCAAAGCACCAAAAGGAACAAAAACUAAUUGGAUUAUGCAUGAGUAUCGUCUUCUUGACGCUUCGCGAAAACACAAUCUUGGUAGCUCAAAACUUGAUGAUUGGGUUUUGUGUCGAAUAUACAAGAAAAACUCAAGCUCACAAAAGGAAAUUCCAACAUUUUCAAGCAAAGAAUGCUGCAAUGCUUCUUCGCCUUCAUCGUCGUCCCAAGUGGAUGAAAUGUUGGACUCAUUCUUGGAAAUUGAUGAUCAGAGCUUUGCACUGCCGCGGGUGACAUCACUACGAAUGCUACAACAAGAGGAGAAGUUCGGCUUUAACAACAUGGGUGCCGGAAUUUUUUCCGAUUGGGUUAACCCAACGGAUAUUGAAUCCUCACCGGAAUUUGGUUUAGGAAACCAAAGUGAUGGGAUGAUGAAUUACGGUUGUAAUGACUAUUGUGUUCCUUCCGUGCCACCGUUUGGCAACAUGGAUUUGUCGGCGGAGUCCAGAAACCCCACCGACGAAGAGGUUCAAAGCGGCAUGAGGACUAACCGGGUCACUGACCCUUCUAGUUUAUAUCAACAUAAUACUAAUGUAUUUUUAUCGGGCUUGGGUGACCCAUUCGGGUUUGGGUAUUCGGGUCAUUAAUUAUAGGCCAAGAAGUUGUUUAUGUCGUGAUAGGUUUUUAAGAAGAAAAUUUAGAUUUAAGAAGACACAUCUCAUACAAGACCAAAGUAAACGACAAUCUUCAAUGAUGAUAAUGGAAUUUAUGUUGGUAACAGAUUAUUGCACUAUGCAUGCCUAUGUGCAAAUAAUUGGUUAUUCAAUGUGAAGGAUUGGUUUGGUUAUGGAUAAUGUUAAGAGUCCCACAUCGGUUAGGAGUUGGCCUGACAGUUUGUUUAUAAGUGGGGGGCAAUCCUCAUCUCAUAAGCCGGUUUUGUGAGGUUGUGUUAGACUCAAUCACGAUUUAUAAUAGAUACCAAAAGUAGAAAGACAAAACAUGCAGUUUUGGUCCUUGUGGAUGUUACAGAAUGGAUGUAACUGUGCAAUGGUGCAUGAACCCAUUGGAGCUGAAAAGUAGUUCUCAUUGCAACUUUGCAUGACAUUAUUUGGCUGUAUCAGGCAACAUUAAACACGUUGUACCUAAACACAAACAAUAUUGCGGCUGUUUUCAAUAGUUUGGUUUA